GUUAAGAAAAAAUCAGGUUUUCUUAAAAUUGCUCCUCCACAAGGAAAAUCAAAUCCUUAAGUACUCGACAAGAUCCGAGGCUCAGUUUGUCAUGGAGGCAUUUCAGAAGGAUUUAAAUGACAUCAAGAGAAGAGUGAUUGGGCUUGAAGAAGUGAAAGAGGAUGUUAGCACAAUUUUGAGGAUUCUGUCAAAAAUUGAGAGGACAAUGGAAGCGAAAAAUGGAGAUGCGCCAUUUGGCGAAGAAAUUUUAUACCAACCGCACAACAAAGUAACGUCAAAUGAUAAGACUCCACUCCUGCUCUCAAAGAAUGUGCAUGAUGCAGAACAAUCAAAAUGUGACAAUCUGCGAAGAUCAGAAAGGCUUGAAGAACGUGUGAUCUGCAUCGGACAAGGGAAGUUAGAGAAUCACGAAAUGGAUGAGAGGGCAAACCAAAGGGUACGAAAUAAAGGAAAACUACUGUCAACCCAGGUGGAAGCAGAAGAGAAUAUCUGGAAGUGUCACUUUCAAAAGAAUCAUGCUCUUUCUUAUGUUGCAACAACCACACCAAUAUUGCGACCUCUGAACUUCGUGACACCAGCAAAUCAAAUCCCACCACCGGUACCACAACAAGGUGUUAACCGAGAUGUCACUAUGCCAAGGAAAGCAAAAAGGGUAUUUGAUCCAAUCCCAAUCACGUAUACCGAACUCUUCCCUCAGUUACUCCAUGAACGACUAAUCGCUCCUAUUCCGGGUGAGGCUCUACGACCUCCAUAUCCAAGAUGGUAUAGGUUCGAUAAGCAAUGUGAUUACCAUUCCGGAGUCCAAGGGCACUCUGUGGAAAAUUGUAACGCUCUGAAGAUAAGGAUUCAAGAGAUGGUAAAAGCUGGUUGGUUGAAGUUCGAAGAAGAGCCAAAACGCCCAGACGUCAACAGGGAUUCACUGCCAACACAUGAGAAUUAGUGGGCGUACUACAAGGCAAAACUCGAUUAUGAUGAUGUCGAGUCUACCAAAGUAAAUAAAAUAUCGAGAUCAUUUGCCAUAAUAAAAUAUGUAUCACUUUUGCUUUCGUCGUCAUGAAUAAAAGAUCUUUCAUGUU